ACAAAAACCCUUUGCCCCAAGUCUUCCCCUCCUCUUUCCCUAAAUACGAAAAUCACAGCCCCUCUUCCCCCUCUUCCCCCUCGCUCUUCGAUACAGAGCUUCGUUUCAUUGCCAAUUCAUACAUACCAUUCUCCAUCUGCGCGGAAUUAAGUGUUUUUAUACGCGCACACACAUAUAUACACAGAGGUAUUUGGGGAUUCAGGAAGAAGAAGAAGAAGAUGAGCAGUGGGGUUAAGGGAGGUGCAAGUAGGGUUUCGAUUCCGAGCGGCGUUAAGAAGACGAUCGAUAAUAUAAAGGAGAUUACUGGACAGAAUCACUCCGAAGAUGAGAUUUAUGCAAUGCUCAAGGAAUGUUCCAUGGAUCCCAACGAAACUACUCAGAAGCUUCUAACUCUCGAUACCUUUCAUGAAGUAAAAAGAAAACGCGACAGGAGGAAGGAGAAUCAAAAUAAGGAGCCUGCUGAGAAGUGGAAACCUGCUCCCCAGACAAGACCAAAUAGAGCUGGCCGUGGGAACUAUCCAUCACGAUACAUAUCUCAUGAUGCUGGUGGUGGAAGAAAUUUGCCUGCCAUAAAGGAAACUUCUGCCAGUCACCUCACUGAGAAAAGUACUAGCAAGGCUCCCUUAGCUACUUCACAAGCUGUGAGAAAGAGUGAAACUUCUUCUGCUACCAGCCUGAUUACUGGUGUAUCUAAUGGUCCUUCUGGAAUUACCCCUCAGAGUGCUAAUCCAACUGCUAUCCAUAAUAAAUCAGAGAAACCUCUUCUGGUUUCCUCAUCGAUUGGUUCUGUGAAAACCCCCAAUGCUCCUCCGGUGAAGGAUACCCAUCAGCACCAGAAACUGGAGUCAUCUGAAAAUGCUGCACCGAUUCCUUUAGCCUCAGGGUCUUAUUUCUCUUCUUCAGACCCAGUACUUUCACCCUCUCAAGAUUCUCCACCCCCUAGUGCAGUAGGUAAAAUUCAUCAUGAAGUGGGAAUCCAGCAAGCCCCUGAUCAAAUGGUCGAUAAUAAACCUACUGGGAACAAAUCAACUUCUCCUGAAAUCUUAGCUGCUUCAGAGGUUGGAUUUGCCAUUGAGCAAAAGAUGCCAAAUGAUCUCCAGAGAGUUGGAAAGAAUCAGCAUUUAGAGUCUACACAAACACCAUCUUCGACAGUUGGUGUUUCUUCCGGUAGUAGGCCCUCAUCUAAUUACAGCAAUCGGUCUCAAGUUAUUGGUCCCCAAAAAGUUGGUCCUGGAAAAGAGUGGAAACCAAAAUCUACAAACCCCAAUGUUAGUCAGGAUGCUAUUGCAGCUUCUCUGUCCGACGUUUCUACUGUGUCUGGUGGAAGUCAUCUGGAACCAGUGACUACUGUUGCUGCCACUACAAAAGAUGCAACUCUGGAGCUGCAGAAGAAGUUAGAGGAGUCUCACAUUUCAGAGAGACAACAUGUGAUUAUGCCUAAUCAUCUACAUGUCCCUGAAAUUGAGAAACUUGGGUUUUGUUUCGGAAGUUUUGAUGCUUCCUUCGCUCUGGAUAUCAAUCAAAAUGGUCUUCCAGUUGAUAAGAGUCCAUCACCGUCAGAAUCCUCUGAGACUGUUGAUGAACCCGUGAAGGAUCUGGAACUAAGCAAUCAGGGUUCGUUAGCAGCUGUGGAGGAUACUGAAACAAAGUAUCCGGAACAACCCCAAUCACCUUCACAAGGACCAGAAAAAUUUUCAUCUGGUGAGGUUGAAGUCUCAUCCUCUAUUACCACUGAUUACAAUGAGCCCGUUAUGGAGGUUGCUCCUGGAACACAGCCGCAUCAUGUGGUCCAAACUUCUUCAAACUAUGGUUUUGGUUUCAUGCCACCAUUAUUGGGUAGCCAGCUUCCAACUUCUGAAAAUUCAGAGCCUCAGGCUCGUGAUGUUCCUCGACUUCCAGGCUUUGUUAUGCCACAAUCUUUUGACCCAGCAAGCUAUUAUGCACAAUUUUAUCGAUCCGGCAUGGAUAGUGAUGGCCGCAUUUCCCCUUUUCUUGCUGCUGGAGCUGCAAACAAGUAUAAUGGAAAUCCUGCAAUGGUUUCUGCGCAGACUUCUCAGAAUCCUGAAGAGUUGCAGGGUGGUGUUCCUUUAGUUCUGUCUACGGCAUCUCCAACACCGCUUGCGACUCAAGCUGCUGGGGUAAUGCAGAGCUCUAUACCGGCAUCACCGCAGCCUCAUCCUGUGUUCAGGCAGCCACCCGGGGUUCAUCUACCUCAUUAUGCUCCUAACUACAUUCCAUAUGGUUCUUAUUUCCCCCCAUUCUAUGUCUCGCCACCACCUGCAAUUCAUCCGUUCUUAAGCAACGGUGCCUUUCCUCAGCAACCCCAGGCUGGCAGUCUGUAUCCAACUGCACCUGGGACAGCUGCUAAAUAUUCAGUUUCACAAUAUAAGCAAGGACCAAAUAUAGGAAGCUCUGCUCCCUCUGGAGUACCUGGCAACUAUGGGCCAUAUGGUCUUUCUCCGGCCAACUACUCUUCUGGCUCAGCGCCAGCUCCUGUUACUUCAACAUCAAAUGAGGAUAUUGGUGUACCACACGUAAAGGAGAAUAAUGUCUAUAGUAGUGGCCAGCAGAAUGAAGGUUCCGGUGUAUGGUUUGCCACCCCAGGUCGGGAUAUUCCUACCUUGCAUGCAGGUUCUUACUACAAUCUUCCUCAGGGUCAGCUGGCUUUCACCCCAACCCAGAUGGGCCAUGGAACCUUCACUGGUAUCUUCCACCCCGGACAGGCAGUAGCACCACAAAACGUCCACCCUCUACUGCAACAGUCUCAAGGCAUUACAAAUCCUGCAGACAUGGUGGGACCAACGGGCAAUGUUUACCAGCAGCAGCCUCAGCACGCACAACUUAACUGGCCGAGCAACUACUAAGAGAGGAUACAGUGCUCCUUGAGGAGGUGACAAUUCAAACUCCCAUUCAUUACUUCUCUCAAUGAAAUUUCCAACCUUGCUCUGAUUGAAUGGUAAGUCAGAAACACAAAGAAUGCCAGAAAACUGAGUGUAAAUUAAUAGAAGGGGGGCCAAAGAAAUUGGCUGAUAUAUUUUUGUGGUCUUCCUAUGACUGGUAACUUCUCUUUUUAAGUUAAUUGAGGCCAGAAAACGCGCCAACUGUCUCUUUGUUGCUCCUCCUCUUAGAUGGUUUUUGACUCUGUAAUCCUCCAGAGACCUUGUUUAGGUUUUAGCUUCCUUGUUAGUAGAGGUUUUAUAUUCUUUUGGUUUUUGGUUGAAAGUUAGAGUUGUUAUAGGCGGCGGCUUCUCAUGUGAGGUUCCUAGGUGUUCGUUCUCUCCCCCUAAUUGUUUCGCCCUCAGUGCUUCGUCAUCUCCCCGCCUGCGUCUUUCCUGUAAAGUGAGAAUUUUUUUUGGUAGCAUGGAAGAUGUACUUUUUCCCAACUGUUGUAACUGGGCUUAUUAUAUUCAUAUGGGGAAUUUUAUGUUGCUGAUUA